AUGGCAUUGUACCUGGUUAAGUGUCUGGAGCAUUUCCUGGUGACGGCUGAGGAACACUUAAUGGUGGGCUGGAGGGUGAUCUACUACAUCUUCACAGACAGGGUGGGUGCGGUGCCGCGGCUCCGCCUGGUCACGGAGCGGCACCUGCGGACCCUGAUGGUGGAGAACCAGAAGCGCUGGCAGGAUGUCUCCAUGAUGAGGAGACAUUGGUUCACCCAGGGCCUGGACCCUGCUAUCUGCAGGGAGGCCCAGUAAGUUUUCUGCCUGUAUAUCGACCAGUUCUUUGUUGGAGCCUUCAGGCUGGGAGCGCUGGCCGAGUCCGUUGCCCUGCUCCAUUCCUAUUUCGACCAGUGGACCUGCUUCUACUUCACCUCUGACCGAAACCUCAGACCAGCUGCCUUUCUGGGCCCAGGUGCAGGGGACUGCCACUACCGCGCAGCAGUGUUCAGGGGUCAUGCCCACAGUGAAGAACCUGACGGAAAGCCUUCCAGAACAAGAGGAAUGGCAUGGAGGCCCCGCUGGCAUGACGAGAGCCACCUCAAUAAGUACUUCCAGCUGCACAAGCCAACCAAGAUCUUGUCUCCGGAGUACUGCUGGGAUGAGGCCAUCGGGCCAUGUGGAGACAUCUGCAUCUCUAGGCUGCUGUGGGCCGAGAAGCCACGCAGUUUGGUGUGCCCGACAGAUCAGUGA